UUACAGAGUUCAUGUCGAGGUACGGUCCAGUUAACUCGUAUGGAGAAGCACAGUAAUUUCCCUAAGGGGGAACAGUGAAUAAUCGGGAUUCUGUAGUGGUUUCUACGGGAAAGCAAAUGCAGGAAGCGAGACUAAUGUCCCCCCUCCCUUAUAGCGGCGCGGCGGUGACUUUACGGACGGCUCUUGUUACAUACCCAUUUGGUGAAACGGUCUUGGAAAACCAGAAGGUAUUGGUUUUCUUUAUAAGAGCGGAGAAGUGUGCCUACAGUGUCAGUGGUGACAGUGUCCCAGAGUGAACGGUUGGGGUACAAUUACAUUUUCCCUUCGGGUUGCUGUUGACAUACUUUGUAUCAGUACACCCAUUGAGGUUUUUGAAUGGUUGUAAUUUGGUUUGAAAAAAUCCUUGCAAUUCAGCUUGUUCGACGGCGGUUAGCGGUGCAAUAACAGAAAAAGGAGUGCACUGUUGAGAAACGGGGUACCUCGGGGAACAAGACCACUGUCAAGGAAUAAAUUGCCGGGUCUCAUGUCGAAAUGGAAGUCGGUUCGGGAAAGAAAAUCUAUUCCAAGAAUUACUUUAUAUCCGAAAUUCGGGAGCACGAUGGACUAAGUGGGAAAUUUGGGUUUGCAAAGUGGUGAUCAGUGCUAUAACAAGCGCUAUGGAUAUUAACGGAUAGGUUGCUAAAGCUCUUGCCUUGUUUAUGUUUCGACGGUCGGACGGUAUCGAAAACUAAAGUAGCGACAUGAUUGUUAAUAAAUGAAAUGGCUUAUCCGCCGGUGUCGAUCAAAGCGGUAAACGGUUGGCCAUGAACUGUAAUAAACGGACGAGGGACGACUACCUGUAUCGCAGCAGCCGAGGGAGAAAGAUUAUCGGAUUACACGGGACGGUUAGGCGGUUCUGACACCCAGAUCCUCGAGACAAUACCCCUCGUCGACCACAGCGAGAAUAAAAGAUAAUCGGUCGGUGCGGAAUGCGUAGAAUUCGGAGGAACUGCGAGUCUAUUAUAGUUCCGGCUAGGGGUAUUUGAUUGCCUCUGAAUGGGCUGCGAAGAAACCCAAUGCCUUCGGUUUUGAGUGUAAAUUGGUUUGGGUAAUCUAAAGGGGAUCAGGACCAGCACGUUUACGGAAUUGGAUCGGUUUCGGUAAGAAUCGGAAUGGUUUUGUCAAAAUCGGUGACGAAAUCCACCCAAAGGUGCCAGCACAGAGGCGAUUGUUUCGGUACCAAAACCGGUAAGUAUUCUAACAACACAAGAAGUAAUAAGUGAUCACCCGGUAUACUAUAACGGAAACUUAUCAAAUCUAGUCGCUUCAGGAAGGAAAUCGGAUCGAUAUUCCCUCCAAAACUAACAUUCCAUCAGUCUCUGGUUUUGAUUUUUUACGGUGCGUAGGACGGUUGAAUGGGAUGAUAGAUUAACAAAAGAGAAACAAAAAAUGAAUGAAAAGGCCACUUAUUGUCAUGGGUCCCUCGAUAGCAGCCUGAAUUAAUUCAGCUUUGCGGAGCUUAUAAACCCAGCUGACCCGGACGUCAGUAGCAAAAACAGCGGUAACUAGUUCAUUAUCAGGGUUAAGUUCGGGAUCGGAUUCCAGAGUGGGGUCAAGAUCAACAGGAGGUGCGAUUUUCGGAAAUAAAAAUCAAAGUGUCGACAGAAAUCGGAGGGAAAACCCAAUAAUCAAACCAAACUUCAAAAAUAAAUUCGCAACAUACCAAAAUCUAAUAUGGAUGAGCUGUUAGAGUGAUUGGUCGACGAGUGAAUCUUCCACUUAUCGACCAAAAUUCGCCGUUUCCUACUUUUGGGCAUAAAAAAACCGCAAUGGGUCGCAUAAAUAUAUUGAGGGCGGUUUUAUUCAAGAACUUUACCAUUAGAAUCCAUCAUUGGAUGCUUACAAUUUUCCAAGUCGUCUUGCCAGUGGUGCUAUUCGCAACAACUGCGAUUAUAGUUACAAAAGUUGACGGAUUCGAAAAAAAGUACAUUCGAAAUGCGAGCUCAGGUUCACAUUUCACCAGCGAACAACUUUAUAAUGACAAAUUUAACCACGAAACCAAAAUAUACUACGCUCCAUCUACGUUCUUCGCAUCGGAAUUAAUGUAUCAAGUACAGUUGAAAUUUUCCCUUAACUCUGGAGCAAUAAACGGUUAUGAAAGUGAAGAAGAGAUGAUGAACGGCAUUGAUUACGAUUCAGAAGCUGUGCUGGCGGUAAUACUUAAUUUCGACGCUGGAGGUCUCAAUUAUACUAUUCGACCAUACGAGAAAUGUGUCAACUGGCAAACGGGGAUCUUGUACAAUUCCGGUGAAAGUUAUGUCCCCGACCAAGGUUCAGAGAUGUAUGUGAAUAGAGGUUUUCUUGCAUUUCAAAUGGCGUUGGAAUCGUCCUACAUUGAAAUGGUAUCGAACACAAGUCUUCCAAUCGCCAUCAACGUGGAAGAGUUUCCUUAUCCACCGCACAUCAAUGAUUCGGAAUUAAAAAAUGUGAUCAUAUACUUCUUGCCUGUUAUUACCGUGCUCAGUUUUACUUUGCUUUGUCCAAUGAUUAUCAGUAGUGUCAUGGAGGACAAAGUUACUGGAAUGAAGGAGUUAAUGCGCGUAAUGGGGCUAAAAUCUGGUAUGAUGUGGUUUACUUGGUUCUUGGAUAUGUUUUGCUGGAACUUCAUUUCGUUAGUUGUAAUUACGGCCAUGUUAGUAUACCUAAAGAGCGAUACUCGCCCCCCACUUCUAGAACAUUGCAGCUUCAGUGUGCUAUUGACGUUUUUCUCAUUGUACUCCGCCGCACUUAUCACAUUUUGUUUUGCGCUCAGUUCCUUUUUUAACAAACCCAUCCAUUCGAUAACCACAGCAAUACUGGCAUGGAUACUUACAUUUGUCAUUCCACAAAGAUGGAUUUACAGCGACCCGUCUUUCUUUCAACGGAUAAUUAUGAUUUUCCCAAACGCAGGGUUGCUUUUCGGUUAUAAGAUUAUUUCGGACUAUGAAACUAGAGAGUUGGGGGUGCAGUGGGUGAAUAUCUUCGAGUCGCCAAGCUGGCAAAAAAACGAAUUUACGAUGGGAAGCAUUUUUGUCUGUUUUAUAGUACAAUGUUUAGUUUAUAUUACAAUAACGUUAUACAUGUCCGAAAUUAAACCUGGAAUUUACGGAAAAGCACAAGUGUGGUACUUCCCUCUGUUGUGGUUUAGACGAAAAAUCGAACAGAACGAAUGUGGCCCAAAACCGAACAAUUUCGGCCCUUAUAUUGAAGAAAUAAAUUUGCCCGUAAGUGUAAAGGUGAGGAAUUUGUGUAAACACUUCGGUAGCGAAAAGGCCGUUGACAAUUUAUCUAUGGAUAUUUAUGAGCAACAAAUUACAGUUUUGUUGGGAAAAAAUGGAGCUGGGAAAACGACAACGUUAUCUAUGAUUGCAGGAAUUUUAAGUUUAACAAGCGGAACUAUAUCGAUCAAAGAUCUCUGUAAUACAAACAAUUUUGUAAGCAUAUGCCCUCAAAGUAAUCUUCAAUUUCACGCUCUUACCGUACUUCACCAUUUAAAAUUUUAUGGAAUAUUAAAAGGGUUGUCCGCCGAUGACGCUAUUGAGGAAGCCGAACAUAUGAUUGGUGUCACGAACUUAUCCAGUAAAAAGAAUUGUUUGCCAUCGGAACUGUCGACAGGAAUGCAAAGAAGAUUAUCCAUUUCUGUCGCAGUUAUCGGAAGUAACAACGUUGUCAUUUUGGACGAGCCAACAGCCGGUCUUGAUCCUGAAUGUCGCAGAGAUAUAUGGAACAUCUUAAUCCGUCUGAGAGGUUACCGCACGAUUAUUGUUACGACGCAUUCUAUGGAAGAGGCCGAAGUUUUGGGUGAUCGCAUAGCAAUCAUGGACCGCGGCGUUCUAAAGAGCUACGGAACACCGAUAUUCCUGCGAAAUAAAUUGGGCGCAGGGUCUCACAUCGCUGUGAAGUUAAAAAAGUCUUCAGACGUGGAAAGGCUAGUCAGUGCAGUGAAGAAAAAUCCCAAUUUGAAUGAUAAGCCUAAAACUGUGGCGCGCGAUGAAAUUACUAUUUGCGUUUCGAGUUCGACAAACAACGAAAUAAGGGAUGCGGUAAAAUGGUUUGAAGACUCUCAGAACUUUUACAAUAUUGAAAAUAUUGGGCUGACUAAAAUGACAAUGGAGGAGAUAUUUUUAAAGGCCAGUACGUUAGGCUUUAAUUACCAACCGCGUUCAUCGGAUGAAAAGCCUACACAUUUCAAGAAGAUGAAAGAAAUUAACACCUGGAGACAGUUUAAAAUCUUACUUCUUAAAUGGUUGAAAUUUACGCGAAAAAAACUACAGUUUAUACAGAUUGUGAUAAUGAUAUUGUGCAUGGUUAUUUGCUUGUGUGGUAGCGAAAAUUCGGAAGACGCAUCAGAAUCUGAUAAAGUUGUACCACUUAACCUACAGACCUACUCAGACUCUGCGGUUUUUAUUGGAAGAAAUCAAAGCGGAAUGUUUUCAAAAAUCGCUCACUAUUACGAAGAUUCGCUAAACGGUUCGGUAGUAUAUUCGAAGACAGUUCAAAACUUAUCGGAUGAAAUCAUACAACAGGGGAUAAAUAACAUAGAAUUUUAUAAAAAACGUAUGGUGGUAGCUGUCUCCUUCGAUGAUUUCAUUGGAAAGCACUCUGCCACUGCAUUUUAUUCAAAUAAAGCCGUUCAUGGUGCUCCAAUUUCGCUCAAUCUCCUAACUAACGCUGUGCUGAAAUCAUUAAAGGGGCCAGAUUAUGGAAUUAAGGUAGGAAAUCAUCCCUUAACAAGUCCGUACCAGCAUCGCGUUCAACAUCUCUCCAUGAUUCAAGUGCUGCUGAUAUGGUAUAUCUUUUUGCCACUAGGCGCCCUAUUGCUAGUUGGAAUAUCAAUUUUCUGUCCUUACUCGGAGUAUGCAUCCAAGAUUAUGCACUUGCAGCAGAUGUGCGGUGUUUCAAAAUGGGUGUAUUGGUUAUCGUGUUACGUAAAGGAUGUGGUAGUGUACUUCAUAUCAAUUGGGAUCGUAAUUGGUAUAACAUACGCACUUAACUCCUACCUCACCAUGUCGAGCAUUUUUGGAGACGCCGAGAUGGGAACUCUUUUUGUAAUAUUGGCGGUGUUUGGCGUAAGCGCGAUUCCCUACUCGUACCUCUUCAUUUACAGGUCAUCAGGUUUUGUUGGAUAUGGGCUAUUUAUUAUCACAAGCCUAUUAAUCAGCAACACGAUUGUUAUAGGCGUGUUUUAUAUGGAAUUUUCGGAAGAUGAGGAUCUGAAGACGAUCGCCAACGGUAUAAAUUAUUUCUUUGUUUUGUUCCCAACAUUUGGAUUAAAGUAUACAAUGAUGAAGCUAAUCAAACAAAGCGUUUGGAAUUAUAACUGGAGGGUUAGGUCACCCGAGCACAAACAAGCCAUUUGUGCCACGAACUACAACUCAUGUUGUUAUGGCGAUGACAGCCAGGGCUGUAUCCGGUACCAGUCAUACUUACUCGGUGAAAAUGCCGUUGCAACUACCCUUUAUGAAAUGUUGGCAUCUUCCGCUUUGUAUUUCUCGCUUUUGUACCUUUUCCAUUCAAACUCCUUUUCAAAAGGCUAUUCGAAAGUAAAAAAGAUUUUAAAACGGAACGAGAAGAAAGAUAAAGCAGAAGAAUCAGAAAAUCAGGUUUUUAAUCCAUCAGAUGGAUCUCUUAACGCCGAUAUUAAAUCGAAGAAGAUUGGAUCACAAGUGGUAUUGAAUGACAUCAAUUUCAAGAUUCAGCCUAAGCAGUGCGUUGGAUUACUGGGGGUGAAUGGGGCUGGAAAGAGUACUACCUUUCGAUUGUUAGCAGGAGAAGAUCGCCUCGAGAACGGGGAAAUAAUUCUACACGCCAACAAGAAACGCGUGUCGAUCAAUGAAAACAAACUAGAGUACUUGCAAAAUAUCGGUUAUUGUCCCCAGUUUGACGAGCUGAGCGAAUUGACAAGUGGGCGAGAACUUCUGCGUCUCUUUGCCGGUUUGCGUGGCAUUGAAUCGGUGGAAGAAGAAGUGGACAAAUUCUUGGAGAUUUUUGAUUUAACUAAAUAUGCCGAUCGACUCUGUAACACUUACAGUAUUGGUUGCAAAAGGAAAUUGUUUACAGCCCUCGCAUUAAUUGGCAUGCCACCUUUCAUUUUGUUAGAUGAACCAACUGCCGGAGUAGAUCUGAGUUCGCGUAGAAAGUUAUGGGACGCCCUUAUAUUGACGAAAAAUAGUGACUCUUCCAUAAUUUUAAGCACUCACAAUAUGGACGAGUGUGAAAUUUUGUGCGAAAAUAUUGUCACAUUGAAAUCGGGAAAAAUCAUCUUCAACGGCUCUAUAAGUAGUUUAAAGAGUAAAUACAAAGACUCUUGCAUCAUCGCCCUUAAACUAGCCCCGAUGAUUAAGAUUGUUGUUGUGCAAUCAACUAAGAAAAAGCUUCAGUUGUGCAACAACGUUGAACCAAAUUGGAUGACCGAUCUAAAAGAUGUGAUCGAGAAGGAAUUUACCGACCACGAGUUAUUAGAUCAGCAUGCGACGUUAUUAAAGUAUAGGGUACAACGAAAUGGAAAAACUCUCAGCGAAAUAUUUCGGAUCGUUGAGAAAAUUCGCUUGGAUAACUACUUCAUUGAAGAUUUUGACAUCAGCGAGGUAACUUUGGAGACCCUUUUCUUAAACAUCAAUAACGAAAAUGUUUCAUGACGUCGUUGAUCUCAAUCAAAAAUGAUAGUAGAUCUGAUGAUUUGCCGGUACCUACCUAAGGUUUGGCUACAAGCAGUUGGAAUGAGGCUCAAACGAUCGAUACAACACAAAAGAUUGCUAUUAUUAGCAUUGCAUGUUGUGAUCCUUGAUCUGCUUACAUCGUAUUGUGUGAAUGAGAUCAGGGAGGCUGGAAAAUGAAGGGUUUCAAAGAUUUAUGGAGAACUAAAUCAUGACUCUAAUAUUAAUUUAAUUCACGAGUAUGAUUGAAACCAAGGAUUGAGGUAUUUUGAUUUAAUGAUUUAAUGUUCGUUGAAGCCUUGACGAGCACGCGGGUUCGCGCUAGAUAAAAUGCAUGUAAAUUGCACAAGAUAUUCCCUUGUUGCUUCUUACUUACUAGCUCUUUUGAAGAAUAAUCCCGGGUAAUAUCUGGAAGGUACGAUGCUGCCACCUCUAUAAAAAGUGCUUCAUGAGACGCUGCGCCCGUCCGUCCGUAUAUUUGAAAAAUAUUGAUAUACGGAGUGGUGUCAUUGUGGUGAUUAAGAACUCUGCUGUAGUUAGCACCUGUGUUUUUUUACUACAUCAUGCAAUAAAAUAACUUAUUUACAUAAAGUAAAUAAGUUAUUUUAUUAUUAUUAUGAUGUAGUUCUUUUAUACCCUAUCGCUAUAACUAUUUUUUUUAACAAAGGAUAUGUUAUAUAAUAAUUAUAAAAUAGAAUAUGUGUUAUACAGAGUGACUGGGUGAGUUUUUUUCAUUUUGACUAUGGGGAUCUCAUAAACUUUUAAAGAUACAAAGUACAAAGUAGAAUUUUAUGCUGAUUAAUUUUCCCCUUCAAGGUUUUUUCUAGCUCUACAAAUAGCGAAGUUAUGCCCACAAAAUAAACAAAAAAUGUAAUUUUCGAGAAUGCCCUGGCGUUCGUUUAUUUCAAAGAUAUCAAAAAAAAUUGUCACAAAGCUUUCUGAUGGUGCUAACACAAAACUAUGAGAUGUGAGUUCCAAGUAAAUCACAUUAUCUGUCUUAUUUCAUAUGGACGCCAUAUUGGAUUUUUAUGUCACUUGAGAAGAAAAUUACAAAAUCAGGCGAUACGAAGUAUGUACUUAGUAUUUGAUUUGGAAAUGAAUCUUGAAUUUUGAUUAGAAGUUUACAAUGUAUUUCUUAGGGCAAUAAUUUCAUAGCUUGCUUGAAAUAAUUUUAUGUAGGUAUUCCGUUUAAUGUCUCACA